GGGAAGAUGACACGAUAACCAGUUAGUAUAGUCAAAGCAUUCAUUAUUCUGCCACUUCCUUACUCAUACUUGGUAGAACCAGCGAUGCACUAUCUUCCGUUCUCAAGAAACAGGAACUUGGUAGGACGUGAGAAUGUUAUCGCUAAGCUUAAACGGCUUCUAUUCACUGAUUUGGAUAGCCAACGAGUCGCGCUCGUUGGGCUAGGAGGCAUAGGCAAGUCCCAAAUCGCUCUUGAACUUGCAUACCUUAUAAAGAACGACAUCCAAAGCCACGAACACCGCUCUGUCAUAUGGAUGCCAGCGCUGAGUUUGGCGAGUUUCGAGCAAGCGUGCACUACGAUAAUCAACAAAUUUGGCAUCAAGUAUGCUAGUGAUGAAGAUCCCAAGGAAACAUUCAGGAAGUUCCUAAGCUCAGAUAAGGCGGGAAAAUGGUUUCUCAUCAUCGACAACGCCGACGAUAUAAGCGUCUUAUACAGAUCGGAGCAGCAACCAGGAGGAAUCGCCGACUUCCUCCCCUAUAAUGAUGACGGGCGCAUUUUAUUCACAACAAGGUCCCAGGAAGUAGCUGUCCAUGUUGCGCAAAACAAUGUCGUUGAGAUACCGGAAAUGGACCGGACAGAGGCCAGAGCCCUCUUACACAAGUCGUUGAUUAAGAAGGACCAAAUGCAGAAUACUGCGCUUAUCGAUGAGCUAUUGCAUGAACUCACUCAUCUGCCACUUGCAAUCAUGCAAGCAUCUGCAUACAUAAACACCACCAAGAUUCUCAUCAAGCAAUACCUCCAGCUAUUACAGAAUACGGACCAGGAUAGAGUAGAACUGUUGAGCCAUGGGUUUCAUGACGGCAGCCAUUACCGAAGCGCUCAGGGCGCGGUCGCUACCACCUGGGUUGUUUCCUUCAACCAGAUUCGCGACAUGGAUAAGGACGCUUUAAAAUUACUAUCUUUCGCAGCUUACAUUGAGCCGAAAGCAAUACCCCGAACAUUGCUACCUGAACUAGGGUCUGAACAGAAGAUGACACAUGCAAUCGGCACACUUUGUGGGUACAAUUUCUUUAGUCAACGAGAGGGCAGCGAUACACUGGACAUACAUAGUCUGGUACACUUGAUGACGCGAGUAUGGAACGAAGCACAGGGCCUUCGCAAAGAAAUGCAACAGAUGGUAUUGGCACGUGUUGCGGAGGUGUUUCCGACUGAUGAAUGGGAGAACCGCCAUCUGUGGCGACAGUAUCUACCACAUGCGAUCAAGCUCCUUGCGACCGAAUGGAGUGCCGAAGAUAAAGCGUCAUGCAAGCUGGGAUUCUGGGUCGGCCGAUGCUUGCUUGUAGAGGGACGUGUGAGAGAGUCAAUGGCGAGAUUAGAGGGUGUUCUUACAUAUCAGGAGACGAUAUUAGCAGAGAAUCAUCCAGAUCGACUGGCAUCACAGCAGGACCUCGCAAGAGCAUACCUAGCUAACGGCCAGGUCAAGAAAGCAGUAGGACUGCUAGAGCACGUACUUACGAUCCGGAAGGUAAUAUUUGCGGAGGACGACCUAGAUCGACUAUUAUCACAGCAAGAGCUAGCAGGAGCAUACCUUGCUGACGGCCAAAUUAAGAAGGCGGUGGAACUGCAACAGCACGUAGUUGCGAUGCGGCAGAAUAUAUUAGCAGAGGACCAUCCAGAUCAGCUGGCAUCACAGCACCACCUUGCAAGAGCAUACCUUGCUGACGGCCAAAUUAAGAAGGCGGUGGAACUGCAACAGCACGUAGUUGCGAUGCGGCAGAAUAUAUUAGCAGAGGACCAUCCAGAUCAGCUGGCAUCACAGCACCACCUUGCAAGAGCAUACCUUGCUGACGGCCAAAUUAAGAAGGCGGUGGAACUGCAACAGCACGUAGUUGCGAUGCGGCAGAAUAUAUUAGCAGAGGAUCAUCCAGAUCAGCUGGCAUCACAGCACCACCUUGCAAGAGCAUACCUUGCUGACGGGCAGAUUUCAGAAGCAGUGGAACUGCUAGAAUAUGUGGUCGCGGUUAGAGAGACGACGUUAGCAGAGAACCACCCUGAUCGACUGUCGUCACAGCACGAGCUCGCAGAAGCAUACCAAGCCAACGAUCGGGGCCGCGUUUCAAAUACCGACGAGACAUCUACACCACUCAAUCACCCAACUUCGGGUGUGUCUCCAGAUGCUCGUCAGCUAUUUGAUAAGGUGGCAUCCUCAUCAUUAUUUGAUGAUGGGACGCGCAUAGUUCGUUUCAUCCAUGGCAAGCCAGGAAGUCAAACAACCUUUUUUGAUCGUUUCAGAAUCGGACUAGAGAAGCGAGUAGGCCAGCGAAUAGACUGGAGUCCUUUCCCUCCAAUUUCCAGGCCCUGCCUCCCAAGUGAGUACAAGGUUGUGUGGAAACCUUAGUACGGCGGAAAAGAACUUUCAGUGAUACUCUCAAGAGACGAGGCCUGCCGGUAUUAU